GAUACUACUACCACUACUACGAAAAUGACACCUGCUUACAAGUUGACCUACUUUGACAGACAAGGGGCUGCUGAAUGUAUCCGAUUCCUCUUCAAGUAUGGUGGUAUUGACUUCGAAGAUAUUAGAAUCACGAAAGAAGAAUGGCCUGCGUUAAAACACAAAACACCAUUUGGUCAUUUACCAUUUUUGGAACACAAGGGCAAAAUAGUGACAGAAAGUGUGUCCAUUUGUAGGUAUUUGGGCAAAAUUGCAAACCUUGCUUCCAACGACGAUUGGGAGAAUCUGGAAAUCGAUUCCAUUGUAGACACUAUCUACGACAUGCGAUAUCAAAGUAUUAAGGUGGUCCGGAUGGAACAAGAUGCUUCAAGAAAGAAAACAAUGAAAGAAAAAUCUCUUAAUGAAAUCAUUCCAAACUAUUUCACACGUUUGGAAGCUGUGGUUGAAAAAAACAACGGAUAUUUGGCAUUGGGUCGACUAACUUGGGCUGAUUUGUAUUUCGUCAGCAUGUGUCCAGGUUUUGACUAUUUUGCUGGUGGUGACGUUUUCGAAAAAUAUCCAAAUCUUAAAGCUCUAAGGACGAAAGUUGAGGCAUUAUCAGCAAUAAAAGAAUGGAUUAGAGUACGACCGCAAAGUGAAUAUUAAUUUCGCAAUGUCAGUUAUCACAAUAAAAAAUUCUAAAUGUGAAUA